UGCGCGCAGGUGGCGGUGGAGGGUUCCAGCUCUUCAGCGUGAGGUGCCGCAGGUGUUCGGAUUGGGGUCCCGGUCGCAGAUUGUGGAAUUACUGUUAUGCUUUCCUAAACCGCAAAAAAGCUGAAGAUGUCUAGAUACUUAACGGCUUUGACAGUGACCACCCUCGUCGGUGUGGCCGUGGGGGGGUUUGUCCUGUGGAAAGGCAUCCGGCGCCGGAGAAGCAAAGCGAGCCUUGACCCCUGGCAGCAGUGGCGGCAGCAGCAAGCCCCGGGCAGGAGGGAGCAGCCCCCCCCAGCAGACGACCAGCUGCGCUCCGGUGCCCCCGGAGCCUCCUGGAAGGAGAAGAUCCUCGAAGCCAAGGUGGUGACUGUGUCUCAGGAGGCAGAGUGGGACCACAUCGAGCCCUUGCUUAGGAGCGAGCUAGAAGAUUUCCCAGUACUUGGAAUCGACUGUGAGUGGGUGAAUUCGGAAGGCAAAGCCAGUCCCCUGUCACUCCUUCAAAUGGCCUCCUCCAGUGGCUUCUGUGUCUUGGUUCGCUUGCCAAAGCUGAUCUGUGGUGGAAAAACGCUACCAAAAACAUUAUUGGACAUUUUGGCAGAUGGCACUAUUUUAAAAGUUGGAGUAGGAUGUUCAGAAGAUGCCAGCAAGCUGCUGCAGGACUACGGCCUCGUUGUUAAGGGGUGUGUGGACCUCCGGUACCUAGCCGUGAGGCAGAGAAACAAUUUGAUCUGUAAUGGGCUCAGCCUGAAAUCACUUGCCGAGACGGUUUUGAACUUUCCACUUGACAAGUCCCUUCUGCUUCGCUGCAGCAACUGGGAUGCCGAGAAUCUUACAAAGGACCAGGUAAUUUAUGCUGCCAGGGAUGCCCAGAUUUCAGUGGCUCUCUUUCUCCAUCUUCUUGGAUACCGUUUCUCUAGGAAUUCAACUCUAGAUGAGAACGAUGGCCCCGCGGGCUGGAGGAAAGUCUUGGAGCAAUGCCAGAAUGUGGUAGACCUCCCGUUCCGAAGCAAAGGAGUUAGCCGCCUGGGGGAAGAAGUUAAUGGGGAAGCAGCAGAAGCCCAGCAGAAGCCAAAAAAUAAGAAGUCUAAGAUGGAUGGAGUGAUGCCAGGCAACCACCAAGGGAGAGACCCCAGGAAGCACAAAAGAAAGCCCCUGGGGGUGGGCUACUCGGCCAGAAAGUCACCACUCUACGAUAACUGCUUCCUCCAUGCUCCUGACGGACAGCCCCUGUGCACUUGUGACCGACGGAAAGCUCAGUGGUACCUGGACAAAGGCAUUGGAGAGCUGGUGAGUGAGGAGCCUUUUGUGGUCAAGCUACAGUUUGAACCUGCAGGAAGACCCGAAUCUCCAGGAGACUAUUACUUGAUGGUGAAAGAGAACCUGUGUGUAGUAUGUGGCAAGAAAGACUCGUACAUCCGGAAGAACGUGAUUCCACAUGAGUACCGGAAGCACUUCCCCAUUGAGAUGAAGGACCACAACUCCCACGAUGUGCUGCUGCUCUGUACCUCCUGCCACGCCGUCUCUAACUACUAUGACAACCACCUGAAGCAGCAGCUGGCCAGGGAGUUCCAGGCCCCCAUUGGCUCUGAGGAGGGUCUGCGCCUGCUGGAAGACCCCGAGCGCCGGCAGGUACGUUCUGGGGCCAGGGCCCUGCUCAACGCAGAAAGCCUGCCUGCUCAUCGGAAGGAGGAGCUGCUGCAAGCCCUCAGAGAGUUUUACAACACAGACACCAUCACGGAUGAGAUGCUUCAAGAGGCUGCCAGCCUGGAGACCAGGAUUUCCAAUGAAAACUACGUCCCUCACGGGCUGAAGGUGGUGCAGUGCCACAGCCAGGGCGGGCUGCGCUCCCUCAUGCAGCUGGAGAGCCGCUGGCGUCAGCACUUCCUGGACGCCAUGCAGCCCAAGCACCUGCCCCAGCAGUGGUCCGUGGACCACAACCAUCAGAAGCUGCUCCGGAAAUACGGGGAAGACCUGCCCAUCAAGCUGUCGUGAUAGCUGCUCUCCUCCCAGGCAAGGACAGCUGGGACGCUGAGCCAAGACACAGCAAAUGAAGGAUUCUUCCCUGAAGUGACUUGUCAAGUUGCUCAGGUUUUUAGUACAUCUCUUUCCUGUGCAGUAUGCUGGUUUUUCUGCAACAGGGGCGGUCAAGGAUUUUAAUCCCACCGGGACAGGAGGGGAGAAAACAUUCUUCCAGAGGCUAGAGAGGUGAAUAAGGAGCCAGAUUCGUUUUUCCAGUUCAAGCUCAUCUUCAUUAUAAAUUCCUUGGCUUAAUGCUCUCCCACAGCUCACCUGGUUGAGAUCCAUCCCCUCUAGGUCACUUCAGUUUCUUUCCAUACUUGAGAAUGCUCCGCUUUCCACGUCUAGGACCAAAGCAGCGACUUCCUGCCAUAUGCUUUCACCCGAACACUGGAGGAAAUCCUUUGCUGGAAGUGGGCCUUGAAGCUGGCUGGGGCAGAGAGAAGCAGGAGCAACCAUCUCUCAAGAGAACUCUGAUACCUGCUCGGCUUUCCCUUUCAUGCUCUUUGUUGUCUGUCUGAUGCAGUCCUGUCCGGAAGUGCAAGGUUUUCAGCUUAAUCCCUUUCUGAGAAGAAGAUUAUCUUCUGUCAGAAUCAGUAUCCGGCCCCUUCCGUGUUCUGUGUUCCAUCAGAUUUGUAACACUGACCUCUUCUAAGCACCUAAUUCUCUCCUGGAGUCCUUUGGUCAGGCUGCCUUGUGAGGCUUUGUCCACCUCCCCUCAAGCCUGGGCCUCCGUUAACGUGUUCAGAUGUUCAAAACGGUGAUGUUUCAUCUUUUUAUGUGAGGCCGCCACUUUGAGCAUGAAAUCAAGUUUUAGUAGUGAUUAGUAUAUUUUCUAAAGUUUUAGGAACACUUUUUUACCCUACAAGAUCUUAGAAACUUGAAAAAGAAUUUUAUGGCCAGAAUCCAACAGGAGCUGUUUUGAAAUUGUGCCCGAGUUGGUGAUGGUUGUCCUAACACUGAUAAAUAAAACUUCUAAGCACAAAGCUCA